AUUAUAAUGAUACACUAUUGAAUGUUAGAGUGUUGGCCUAUUAAUCACAACACCAUAUCCUCAAAAACUCUUCAAAAACAGCCAGAGCAGUUGAAGAAAUAAUACAAUGCAGUAUGAAAACAACUGGUGUGCUCCAUUCUCAGAUGGGGAUUAGAAGGGCAGAGGUGAACAACACCUGGAUUUGCAGGGAUGGGUUGUGGGUGUGGGGUGUCACAUCUGGUGAUGUGGGUAUAAGAAGCGGUCACUCGUCCUCAGCUGUCAGCACAGAGCAGUGGAUGUGUGUGUCUCUGUGUGAGUCAUGGCUCUGUUCACGGACUCAGACUUCUCUUUACUCAAGCAGAACCAGAGAGACAUGGUGGACUUUAAGGCGUUAUUUGGAGAACCGGACCACUGUAAAGAUGCCCGGAGUGAGUGCGCGCUGUCCUCUCCGGAGCCGGACAGAGCCGCCGCCGCCGCCGCCGCCGGUUUGAUGGAGGGCCAGAGGAAGAGGAAGAGGACCAUCUUCAGCCGAGCCCAGCUGUCCGAGCUGGAGCAGGCCUUUGCUGUGACUCCCUACCCGGACAUCACCCUGAGGGAGAGGCUGGCCGCGCACACACACCUGCCCGAGAGCAAGAUCCAGGUGUGGUUUCAAAACCGAAGAGCCAGAAGUAUCAAGAUUGUGAGACACCCCAAGUCCACCAAGCCUGGCCUGGGAGGUAGAGAGGUUGUAGAUCCUCCCCCUGGGCCUGUGAGCUCUGCUUUCCUUACCUCAACCACCCUGACAGACAUAUUCAGGCAAGAGCCAAACCACUCCUGUGAGGAUGUCCCACAGAUUUAUUCCGACUGGAUCCACAUCUACAGCAACCCAGUGUCAUCGCCGCCGCCAUCUUCCUCAUCUCUCCACCAGCAGCCCACGCUGGGUCCCUCAAAACCUUCAGAGUGUUGUCUCUGGGAGGAGGAGCCCCACCAGCGGCAGCAUCUGGGACCAGCACUCCCCGGUUUCCUUCCUGGUUCGUUUCCUCAGCCUAUCAGCAGGCAGCCUCACCACUCGGCCUCCGCCCGCUCCUACCAGGCUUUCAGGAACUUCAAACCCCAGACUAUGGCUCCAUCUGGGACUCAUCAGGCCCUGUACGGAGGCAGCGCUGCAGGUGGAGGUCACACCUCUGUAGACCAGGUAGUCCCCUCCCACCCUCAGCCGGUGUACUGGGAGGUAACUCAGGGCCAAGGUCCCCACCACUCACACCCCCAUCACCACCCACAGAUGGGACCGCAGACCUCCAUGGGCUACAUCUCAGACCUGAUCUACAACGCUGCUAUCGUCACCAACUUCCUGGAAUUCUGAUUAGUCUGGAUGUGGAGCAUAAACAUGGAAAUAUUAAUACUGGAUAAUAUUAAUACUGGAUAGCUACUAUAACUAUUUCUGUCUCCUUCGUAUUUCCUGUUACAACAUCUCCUGUGUCUACAUCUGUCAUGUAUGUUACCAGAGUCGAAUGUUCCUCAAACCUCUAUAUAGGCUACAGAGUUAUUAUCAAGUUGUAGUUUUUUAGUAUACUCCAGUCAUGUUUAAUAUGUUUGGGAUUUAUUUGAUUUAUAUAAUCCCACUUCAAUUUACAAUAUUUUUCAGUUGCUUUGGAUCCGUUUUCACAACAGAGUUAUAAUGUGCAAUGCAAAACUUUAAAUGCAAAUAACCAAACUGGCUCGCUAAAGUCUUCAGAACACGUUUCAGUGCUUAUUACUGAGAGUACAGAUCACUGCAUCAAAUGCAUCAUCAAUGUGUUUAGCAUUUAGCAUAAGCAUUUCUCCUUAUUCUAACAAUAGCGGUAGGUGAGCAGCAUUACAACAUAAUGCUAAUGACUUCAUCCCGACUGCCUUGUAUGUCAAAAGUAUGAAAGUGGUGGAAAGAAGAAAAAUAAAUAUAUGUUUUGAAUACUAUUAAAUUUUGUCUGCCGGUAGUGUAAAUUGUGGUUUCAUGUUAUAACCAUGAAUUCCAGCAUUAUUGUAGCUUUAGAUUAGAUUUAUGUGUGAGUGUAAUAUUUAAGGUUUGGUGUCUUGAAUAGAAACAAGUGUCGUGGUGGUCGAUAGUAACAGUACAGUCAUGAUCAUUUAGUCUUUUAUGAAUAUAAGAUUUACUGUAGUUUAAAAUUUAGACUGCAUUACUAGUGUAUCUAACAUCUACUGUAUAUUUACAGC